AAUUUUUUCAAUAACCUUGCAAUUGUUGCAUUUGCACUGGCCCUUUCUUGGAUGUAUGCGCAAGUGUGUCUUCUUUGUGCGGCUAUACGUGGGAUUCUCUUGGCCGACAACAUGAGUUGCUGACAAUAACGUAUUGGCUCUGUGGAGCGACUUAGGACAUACCUGAAUUGAGUCUGGUGGCUAUUGGGGCCAUUGAAAUUUUCAAAUAUUUUUUCGGACACAUCGCGCUUGUAAUCGAGUAGUUUCCAGGUACCAGUGUUGUCGAGAGCAGCUCCAACAAGUGUACGUCAGGGUUUUUUUAACAGCUAGCAUGCGUCUGAAGGAGCUUGAAGGCGUUCUGCAGCAGGUGGAGACGUUCCAGAGUCCCAAAGUGCACCUUGAACAGUAUGCCACGUCCGCACAGCUCGCAUCGCACAUUCUGUACACGGCCGAGAACAGCUACGACGAUGUGUGUGGCAAGAUGGUGGCCGACCUGGGCUGCGGCAGUGGCGUGUUCACCAUUGGUGCACGAUGCCUGGAAGCUGCCUAUUCCGUGGGCUUCGAUAUCGAUGAAGACGCACUGGCUCUGGCGUCUCAGAACCUACUUGACUUUGAAAUGGACUGCGUGGACCUGGUUCGCUGUGACGUCACUGUGGACUCUGUGGAAGUGAGUGAUGCAAGCGACUCGGACGAUGGUGAUGAUGAGGAGGAGGAGGAGGCCAGCGAUUCGGAAGACGACGACGUCACUGGAUCGAAAGGCGACAGUAAGGAGACGGAUGUUGGUGAUGGUGCGGCUUGCGCAGCGAGUGAACUGGAAUCAGCACGACCGGGCACUACGAGCUCAGCCGCAAACCCGACAGCCAUUGCUACAGCGACAGCAGGAGGGGAGGACGGAUGCAGCCAAUGGAGGCGCUGGAAAAAUCAGUUUGACACGGUCUUCCUGAACCCGCCGUUCGGCACCAAGGCGAACGCUGGCAUAGACAUAGCGUUCUUGAAGCGCGCCAUACAGCUGAGCCGCGGAGCGGUGUACUCACUACACAAAACAGCCACUCGCAAGUAUAUCAAGCAGCUAUCCGACAAACAGCUCGGUGUGGCGUGCGAGGUGGUGGCGGAGAUGAAGUUUGACCUGCCCAAGACGUACAAGUUCCAUCGAAAGAAGUCGGUCGAUGUCGCCGUCGACUUGUUGAGAUUCGACUGCUCUAGGUCGACCAUGCUAGCGGCAUCAUGAUAGCAACCCAGCAAUCUACUCCACCCCUGAAUCACCCACUGACCCAAUGCUGCAGGUGUUGAUGAUGGUGUUGCCAUGACAGUUUUUGAAUGGUAUCCUAUGGUGGCAUGCGUGGAAUGUGCUGGCACCAGUUGACCAGCGGCACUGGGAGUAUUGUGACUGCAGGCCGUGUUGACAACGGAGCUCGUGCAUCAUCGGUGCGUACACCUUUCUGCGCAGCUACUGCUGCUGCCCAGUUGACAGUGUGUGCAUGAUGGAUGCGGCACGGUUCGUCUACCGGUGAUACAGACC